UGAUUGGUUACGUUUUUGUUGAGAAAGCUAAUCACAUUAGACGUCUUAGUAUUCCAGUCUCAAAGAAUGAAGAGAAACCGAAUAAUGUCAGCGGAGCAAACAGAAGAUUUGAAAGCAUUUGAAAGACGACUGACAGAGGUGAUAGACAAACUACAACCUACAGCCAGACUAUGGAGAAUGGUACUCAUUGUGAUGUCUGUAUGUACAGCAGUCGGAGCCUGGACUUGGAUAUGGGACCCAUUCACCACACAGAUACCCUUUGCCCAUUCCCUCCUGAAUCACCCAUUCUUCACCAUCAGCUGUAUAAUGCUGGUCAUGCUGUUUCUGUGUGGGAUCCAUAAGAGGGUUGUAUCGCCAUCAAUAAUAGCCUCCAGGUGUCGACAAGUGCUAGCUGAUUAUAAUAUGUCAUGUGACGAUACUGGCAAAUUGAUUUUAAAACCUCGACCAACCACAUGACUAUAUGGCCGGUUAGAAUUAGGACUGAGGGGAAGCCCAAGGAAGAGGAGUCGGUGACAGAGAAGAGGAAUAUCACAGCGUAACUUCCUCCUGUAUGUGUGUGUGUAGUACAUGUACUUCAUUGACAGAUUAUGGUCAUUUCGACAUUAUCAUCAUCAAAAUGAUAUAAAUCAUCAACUACAGUAUUUUAUACAACUGUUACCAGGUCUUAGUUCAACUUGCUUAAUCUGCUUGUCCAGUACAUGGUAGUAAUAUUAUAAGUUUAUUUAUUGAAGACGAAAACCUGUUCAGCAAAGCUAAUAAAACACAGGGUAGUUUUGUUAAUAAUAAAAUGGAUUUCGUUUAAAAAAUGUAAAUCCAUAUUAAAGGGUCAUUAACAGCCUAACAGUAAAAUUAUUGCCAUAAUAUAACAUUACUUAACCUGUUAAUGCUGUAAGGAAAUGCUGACUCUGGAUUUUAUUACUGAGCAGAAUCUUUAAAAUUAUUUACAUAUGAAAUUGAUCACUUUAAACUAGUAUCAACUUACACCUCACAAAUUUUGAACAUAAGAAUUGUUUUUACUUUUGCGCUGAUGAAAUGUUCUGUUUUGGAAAUGAUAAGUUGAAGACCGAUCACCUCAUAUGUUAUAUGUGGAUUUGUUGCUGCAGACACUUUUGUUACAAGAAUAAUGAAAUCAAAUGUAUAUGUUCAUAUACAAAGCUGGACGUUUUUAAUUAAAUGUUUUUUAUGGUGGAAAAUAUUUUUAUAUUUGAAACAUAAACAACCCCCUGAAGCAGUUGUUUUCCGCAGACUGAGAAUCAAUUUGCAUAUUGGAUUAAAGUAUUGUAGAUGUUUUAAAUACUUACCUUGUAUAUAAAUAUUUGCAAAAGAUGAUGGUUCAUCAUUUGCUCUUCUGUCAUCAAUGCAUUUAUAAUGGAAUAUAUAGGAAUUGAGAUUUGAAAAAAAAAUCUAUUUAAGUGCUUCAUAAUAAGAAAUAAUAACCAAACUAAUCCGUGUCUGAUUUCAGGUUAAUCACAGAAAUAUUUAGAAUUCUUCUAUAAAUUAAUAAGAGACAACAGUGUGGUUAAAAAAAUAGAAUCUAAGAUUAGGCUUGCACAUGACUUGUUCUCUAUUGUUUAUAUCUGUUUUAUGUUAUAAAGAAUCCGAGUGUGUAUUAUGUAAAUCUUUAAGUAUGGUAGAAAGGACCUGAGUGUAUGUUAUAAAGAAUCCGAUGUAUUGUAUAUAUCUGUUUGAAUGUCAUAAAGAAUCUGAGUGUGUAUUAUGUAAAUCUUUUAGUAUGUUAGAAAGGACCUGAUUGUAUGUUAUAAAGAAUCCGAUUGAGUGUUGAUGAUAAUUGCAGGUAACUUGUCAUCUUGUAAGAACAAAUCAAUCAAACUAUAUUUUCAAGUUUUGAAUGUAGAAUUGUCUCUGUUCAGAAUCUACUAGUAUUUUGUGACAAAUCGUGUGUAAAUAAAUUUUAUUAUAUGACA